AUGGACACAUUGUUUUCACCUUCUCGGCGAAGUUGGACUAUUGGAAAUUUUAAAAAACUAACUUCCCCAAAUUCAAAUAACCUUCAAAAUUAUGAGAAAUCCAAAAAUAUUAUUAACGACGAUGAAAAUUCAUAUGAAAAAGGAAUAUUAAAAAGAGGGGGCAGAAGAAGUAUUUUGAAGAGGGUCUCGACUUGUGAAGAAAUUGAUGAUUUAAAUAAACAAAAUAAGGAAAUAAUGGAAAUAAUGGAAUAA